AUGUUGCGGCGGCACUUGGCACCCGUCUGCGUGGGUGUUGCUGGCGGCGGCGGUGGCCACCGCCCCCUUUUGUCCUCCUCCGCGUCGCUCGUUUGUGCGCGGCGCGGGGUCUUCGCGGACAAGGCCCGCGCCGGCAUGAUCUUCCUGAUCGACAGGCGCUUCUACCGCGUGGUGGCCAACACGCGCUCGCAGAAGGGGCAGAACGCCGCCUCGUUCAACAUCAAGCUGGUCGAGGUGGGCACGGGGCGCAAGAAGGAGGUGACGGCGGGGCAGGGGCACGACUUUGCGCAGGUGCGGGCGGAGCGGGUGCGGCUCCUCUUCAGCGGCUUCGACGAUGACGACAAGGCCUGCUUCGUCUACCCCGAGCACACCGCGGACGCGGGGAAGGAGGUGAACAUCCCCGGCGACUCCCUCCCCGACGUGCAGCAGAAGUUCCUCGCCUGCGGCAUGCCCGUUGACGUCCUCCACAUCGCCCCCGACGAGGACGACGCGCCCGACGCGGGGCACAUCUGGGCGGAGGUGGUGAUGCCCUCCAGCUACACCUACACCGUCGAGAAGAUCUCGCUGAAGGGGAUGUACAAGAUGGCCUCCUUCAAGGAGUGCGACGGCCUCGUCAGCGUCAAUGAAUCAGUGCAGGUCAACGACAAGGUGAAGGUGAUGAUCAAGCCGGACGGCACGGCGGCGUUUGGUGGACGGGCCGCGUGA